GCGUGCGGCCUUUUUCUGUUGCCUCGCUGUCGCCGGUGGCACUGACAUCAGCCAAGAUGCAGAUUUUCGUGAAAACAUUGACGGGGAAAACCAUCACCCUCGAGGUGGAACCCAGUGAUACUAUUGAAAAUGUAAAGGCCAAAAUUCAAGACAAGGAAGGUAUCCCUCCCGAUCAGCAGCGCCUGAUCUUCGCCGGCAAGCAGCUGGAAGAUGGCCGCACUCUGUCUGACUACAAUAUCCAGAAGGAGUCCACCCUCCACUUGGUGCUUAGGCUCCGUGGUGGCGCCAAGAAGCGCAAGAAGAAGAACUACACCACCCCCAAGAAGACCAAGCAUAAGAAGAAGAAGGUCAAGCUCGCUGUGCUUAAAUUCUACAAGGUUGACGAGAACGGCAAGAUCACCCGUCUGCGCCGUGAGUGCCCCAGCGAGGAGUGCGGUGCUGGUGUCUUCAUGGCCUCCCACUUUGACCGCCAGUACUGUGGAAAGUGCUGCCUGACCUACGUCUACAACAAGCCCCAGGAGAAGUAGACUUUAUUCUACCUCCAAACUCUGGAUCCUUUCUUUCAUUCUGCAUAACAUCUAGUAGAAUGGACUUCACAAGGGGCUCUCUGGACCAGUCCCAUUGCAUACGGAUUUUCGUUCUGAACUCAAAAUGAACAAUACAUUUCACUGGAUACAUGUUUUGUGGAUGAUAUGAAGUCAUCUCAUCAUCUUUCAAUAAUGUUACAACAAAUGCAUUAAAACACAACAUACCGUCA